CAGAUAACUUUUGUAGGUGUUGUUUCUGUCAGCUCUGUCAGGUGUUCUGUGGUUCUGUCCUGUGAGCCCAGCUGUCGCAGCAGCAACAGUUGGGCGGAGUUCUGUGUUGAGAUAACAACCGGACUUCUUAUUCUGUACAGUACGUCCGGUGCAGCAGCAUGACGACGCUCAUUCCAAAGGUAACGAAGUUGACGUCUCGCAUAAUUCGAGUUCUAGGAUGCAACCCAGGUCCGAUGACUCUGCAGGGAACUAAUACGUAUAUUAUUGGGACUGGAAAGGAGCGAAUAUUACUCGAUACCGGAGAGCCCAAUGUCCCCGAGUAUAUCGAGACCCUCAAAAGCGUUUUGGGAGAACAAGGCAUAUCGCUAGAGCAGAUAAUCGUUAGUCACUGGCAUUUGGAUCACGUUGGUGGUGUGGACGAAAUACGGCGACAAGUUCAGCCUGGUUGCACCGUGAAGAAGUACGCUUUUCGUGAUGACAAGGCUGAGCAUUCUUUUCAGUACCUGAAGGACGGAGAGUGGAUCCGCACCGAAGGAGCGUCUCUCAAGGUAAUCGCCACUCCAGGCCACACGCAGGACCAUAUAGUGCUGUAUCUGGACGAAGAAGACGCUUUGUUCAGCGGAGACUGCAUAUUAGGCGAAGGGUCGGCGGUGUUCGAAGACUUCCAUUCCUACAUGGGCUCCCUAAACGCCAUUCUAGCGAUUAAGCCGUCCGUUAUUUAUCCGGGACACGGACCUGUAAUUUCAGACCCGGAGAAGAAGAUAAAGGAAUACAUUGAGCACCGGCUUGAAAGGGAAAGACAGAUUUUCGACUGCCUGCCAGAAACAGACGCUGGGUACAAAUCAAUCGCGGACAUCGUCGAAGAGAUUUACAAGGAGACGCCUGCUCAUCUUCAUGCAGCAGCUGCACGGAACGUGGAACAUCACCUUAACAAGUUAAUCAAAGACGGGAAAGUUGUGAAAAUUGCCACCGAAAACACUUAUCGACGGGUGUGACUGAAAUAUGUAAUAGAUAGAAGCAGUGCAAUAUAUUAU